AUGAAAACGAGCAUAACAGGGCUGCCAAGACUGCUUGUGCUGGUGUUGCUUACUGGCUGCGCUGCCCGGGUACCGGCACCGAUCGAGGAACGAGAUCUUGCCGGUGAGGUCAGGCGCGAAACUGAACAGUCCCAAUCUCAGGUCGAGGUCUAUGCCUUGUCAGAUCCUGCUGGGUUACAUCUGUUGGAACAGGCUCGCGUUGCAGAGCAGGCGGGGCAGCUAGAUCGGGCGAUGGUGCUGGUUCGCCAGGCGAUCGAAUUGACGCCGACCGACCCGGAGUAUUGGCAGUAUCUGGCCGAACUCGAGCUCCAGAAUGAGGACUUUCUUGGAGCAAUCGAACACGCCGCAAAGUCGUUUGAACUUGGCCCGCAGAUUGGCCCGCUUUGCCAGCGCAAUUGGCUGACCAAGCAACAUGCACAGAGCGCCCUGGGCGACGUGGCCAGCGCCGCAGCAUCCAGCCAGCAGGCUAAGCGCUUGAUUGGCGUCAGUCGCGAUAUUCUGGGCGAGGAGGGAACCUUUGCGGCGCGCUGGCCAAAUUUCCGCCCCCGCGAUGGUCAACUUGAGCUGGCGGAGGCGAUAGAACAGGCCAUUGUGAGUAACUCACACGUGGUGGCUGAGGCUGCAACCGGGAUUGGCAAGACCUUUGCUUAUCUGGUGCCGGCUAUUUCGGCCGGCCGCAAGACAAUCGUCUCAACCGGUACGCGCAACCUGCAGGAUCAGUUGUUUCACCGCGAUCUGCCGCAUGUGCUGGAUACGCUGGGCAUCAGCCGGGCGUACAAGGUAGCUCUGCUUAAGGGGCGAGCCAACUAUCUGUGUCACUACCGGCUUGAUCAGGCCAGAGGUUCGGCCACCGUGCGCCGCCGUGACGGUCCCCUGCUGGCGCAGCUGGCGCAGUGGAGUGCAGUCGCAAUCAGCGGUGACCUGGCGGAUUUUCCAGGAUUACCCGAAGUAUCCUCGCUACGCCCGCUGAUCACUUCGAGCAGUGAUAAUUGUCUGGGUCAGAACUGCACCUUCUUCGAUGAGUGUUUUGUUGCCAAGGCUCGAGCGAAAGCGCAGAAGGCGGAUUUGGUUGUCGUCAACCAUCAUUUGCUCUUUGCUGACAUGGCCCUUCGACGCGAGGGCUUCGGUGAAAUCCUGCCCGAUGCAGAAAUCGUCAUUGUCGAUGAGGCGCAUAAGUUGCCCGAGACCGCGAGACUGUUUUUUGGUGAACAUAUCAGCACGCGACAACUGUUGGAUUUGGUUAAAGACAGCAAACGUGAAGCGGGCUCGGUCAGCGGCGGCUUCGACCUGAUUCGUCUUGCCCUAGACCAGUUGACCGGAGCCGUCCGCGAUUUUCGUUUGUGUCUGCGCGGUCAGGCGGACCGCGGAGAUUGGGUCGCUCAACGUGGGCGCAGUGAUGUGCUUGAUAGUGGUCAACGAUUGUCGGAAGCACUUGACGACUUGUGCCAGGGCUUGAAGGAACUGGCUGUGCGCAGUGUCCCGUUGGAGCACUGUUGGCGUCGUAGCAAUGCGCUUUACGAGUCGUUGGAGAUGUUGCUGGGUGGCGAGCUGGAAGGCCAUGUAGCCUGGUAUGAGAAAACCGAACGCUCGGUUCAGUUGAACUUGACGCCACUAAGCGUUGCCGAAGAGCUCGAUGCCUUUCGUUUGCAAACCGCGGCCAGCUGGAUAUUUACCUCAGCCACACUUGCCGUUGGUGAUCGCUUCGAACUGUUCGCCGAGGCGGUUGGUUUGGAUGCGCCGCAGGUACAUAAAAUCGCCAGUCCGUUUGACUACGCUAAUCAGGCGCUGAUGUAUUUACCUGCAACAUUGCCCGAGCCAGCCAGUCCGGGCUUUCUGCCGGAGUUGGUUGACGCCGUCUUGCCAGUGAUCGAAGCAUUGCGGGGUCGUACGCUGAUGCUAUUUACUAGCCAUCGGAAUCUGCGUCUGGCUGCGACCCUGCUGGCUGAUUUGACUGAACUGCAGUUGUUGGUUCAGGGCGAAAAGCCCCGACAUAGUUUGGUUGAGGCAUUCAAGCUUGAGCCCGAUUCGAUACUGUUGGGUGCCGCCAGCUUCUGGGAGGGCAUUGAUGUUCCGGGCGAUGCACUGCGUUGCGUCAUAAUCGAUAAACUCCCAUUUGCCGCACCCGACGACCCGAUCACCAGGGGGCGCAAUGAGGCGUUAACCCGCCAGGGGAGAAAUCCGUUUCGAGAGGCACAAUUGCCGCAGGCUAUUCUUUCCUUGAAACAAGGCGCGGGACGGCUUAUUCGCGAUUUAGACGACGCUGGCUUGCUGGUUGUUGGCGACCCGAUCUGGCGCAAGCGUUGGCAUUUGCGGCACGGCUAG